AUGGCUCAACACUUCCCCCGAUUCAUGUCGCUGCCGGUGGAACUACAGCUCAUGGUCUUUGAAGAAGCUCUCAUGGUUUCGCUCAGCCCUCGCAUAGUGCAUCUGGAAACGGAGCUGCGUGCGUUGUUCGCCUGGGACAAUAACUUGCUCGGCUGGUGUUGGUGUGUGAGCAACCGGGAGCAGCUAGAGCGGGAGAGCCCCGCUGGGGUAGCCGGGGUUCUGCAACAAGUAAACAGUACGGCCAGGUACGCUGCUAACCGUUUCUUAGAUCGCUUAGGGAGCCCACUGAGCCCACCCCGGGAAAGCCAUGGACUGAUGGGCCUCGGCCUGUGCCUUGUCCGGGACGUCUUCUGGCUUACGGACGAACUGGUUGACUUCAUCAUCACCACCAUGGGCCCUCCUGUAGACCCCAGCCGCGUGGACGAGGAUAGAAUUUUUAACACCAUGAUGAGCCUCGAACCAUUCGAGGCGGCGCUUCGCUGGGCGACACAGGAAGGACACGAGUUCACAGAGGGCGCCGAGUUCAUCAUGUUCUUGAAAAUGCUGCUCAUCAACAUCUGUGACUCCUUUCCGGCUGCGUGGAGUUUGACUAUCAUGGUCGACGUCAAUAAGGCAGAAGACAUAUCGUGGGACCAGAUCGAAAUGAUCCGGGGCGACGAUCCUUGCCUGUGGAGGUUGCGUGCCGGGGGCAGUGGUAAGUGCCACUCUCUUUAUCAGAAAUACGAGGCGCUCAACCGAGAGAUCGUGGAUGAGGAUGCCCAUCGCGGCUGGGGCGGACGAGCGUUGCCAGAACUCUCAUUUGCCUAUCGGAAACCUGUGCGAAGCCCCGCAAGACUUACGAUCGAGUGA